AUGACAUCCUCUAGCAAGGAACUCGAAAAUGGGCAAGACAUGCCGCACCGCAGUGGCGAGGUACCGAAUGUUGAUGAGAACAGCGAUGAAGCUGUACGCAACUUCUUCUCCAUCCAGGAAGUUGCUACCUCUUCCAGCGUACCCGUAGCUGGUUCUUCACUGCCACAUUCUACUACUGAUAGAACCACUGACACCAGCUUGUCGUCGCAGGGAAGUAAGGAUAUCCAAACCGUUGACGGCUGGGGAGAACAUCCUGAGCAGAUUAGCCACAUGGUACCAGAAAAUCUGGAUGCAAUUGUUCCCGAUGCAGAGCAGACAAUGGACCAAGAUGUGCCUUCAGGCCCCUCUGAAGAAUCCCCAAUGCGACGACCCAGUGCCACAGAAAAUGAGCUGCCUUGCAAACAAGAUGUAGAAACCUCCUCCCCAUACUUUACCAGAAGCAAAUCCCCCAAGCGUCCAUUGAAGAAGCAGAACAAAGAGAAUACCAAGAAGAGGCCCCAAGCUGUUGAUGGUGGGGGAGAACACCCUCAGCAGAAGAAAGAUAUCCAGGAUAUCAGUGAUAUGGCUCCAGAAAUUGUGGAUGCGACGGUUACCAAUGCAGAACAGACCCCAGUGGAACAACCUACUGCCACAGAAAAUGAGCUGCCUCGCAAACGAAAUUUAGAAACCACUUCUCCGCACUUCACCAGAAGCAAAUCCUCCAAGCGCCCAUUGAAGAAGCAGAACAAAGAGACUGCAAAGAAGACAACCCAAGCUGUUGAUGGUGGGGGAGAACACCCUCAGCAGAAGAAUGAUCCCCAGGAUAUCAGUGAUAUGGUUCCAGAAAUUGUGGAUGCAGCCAUUACCAGUUCAAAACAGACCCCAGUACAACAACCCACUGCCGAAGAAAAUGAGCUGCCUUGCAAACAAAAUUUAGAAACCACUUCUCCGCAUUUUACCAGAAGCAAAUCCCCCAAGCGACCAUUGGAGAAGCAGAACAAAGCAAAUACCAAGAAGAUGUCCCAAGCUGUUGAUGGUGGGGGCAACCGCCAUCAUCAGAAGAAAGAUCCCCAGGAUAUUAGCAGUGCUGUGCCAGAAAUUGUGGAUGCAACUGUUGUGGAUGCAGAACAGACCCCACUUCAACAACCUACUGCCACAGAAAAUGAGCUGCCUCGCAAACGAAAUUUAGAAACCCCUUCUCGGCACUUCACCAGAAGCAAAUCCCCCAAGCGUCCAAUGAAGAAGCAGAACAAAGAGAAUACCAAGCAGAGGCCCCAAGCUGUUGAUGGUGGAGGAGAACACCCUCAGCAGAAGAAAGAUAUCCAGGAUAUCAGCCAUGUGGUGCCAGAAAUUGUGGAUGCAACUCUUGUGAAUGCAGAACAGAUCCCACUUCAACAACCUGGUGCCACAGAAAAUGAACUGCCUCGUAGCGAAGAAACCGUGUCCCCGCACGUUACCAGAAGCGAAUCCCCCAAGCGUCCAUCUAAGAAGAAGCAGAACAAAGAGGAUACUAAGAAGAUGACCCAGACCAAAAAGACGGAAGUUGAGAGUUCUCCUCUUCCUCCCCCAAAAAUCAAUCAGACCCAAGGCAGUUCUUGGCUCGACGACAUGCAAGGCUGGUUGCUCCAGACAAAAUUUUCACCUGCGAGUGUGAGAAACGUCAUGAAACAAGUGAAAAAACUGGCCUCUGGAGAGGGGAUUGGAUACCACCAUUGGCCUGAUGAUGUUGUCUUUUACAAAGGAGUUUGCGUGGAUAUCCACACUGCCGACUUUGAGCAGAUGCUGGCGGAUGCCAAGCAAUACGCCGACACAUAUGGAAAAGACAAGGGCAACGGUUGGCUCAUGAGGAUCCCGAUCAACAAAAUGAAAUUAUUCAGCUUGGAGAAUUCGUCUCGUGGAACAGAGGACUCGAAUUCGCCAGCCAGAGAACCAUCUACCGCAACCACUGAGGGCGCUAAGGAGGAAAAGAAACUCAAGGUAGCUCGAAGCCCUUCCAUCAACAGUCCCACCGAUGUUGGUAUCAAAAUGCCUGCUGCGAAACGGCAAAAGACGAUACCCCAACAGUCGCCAGCUGUUGGUUCCAAACCAUCUCCUCGCCGUACUGGACCAGUGAUGAUGGAGCUGUCCACUUGGAACAAGGAGACAAGGCAGUUCACUGUUCAGAAAAGGAUGACAUCAUCGGAGAUCCUUGACCAAUCCGAGCAGCUACCUGGUGGCAAAAAGGGAUACAAAAUCCAACUUCCGUUGGGAGGGGAGCUCAUACUCUAUCCCAAUUUUAUAAGUUCCGGUCAAUGUCAGGCCAUCGAAAGCGAAGCAGUGGGUGGAUCUGACGACUCCGCAUGUGGAGUCUUCCGUCAGUACCAGAUUCAGAAUGGUGAUGAACCUCGGCUACAUUCGCUGCUGUCAUGCAAUGACGAUGAUCUUGUGAAUGGGCGCAUGACAGAGGAGGCGUCUUCUUACAAGUAUCAUGGGGUCCAGAUGAAGGCGUUUGAACACAUCUCGGAGUAUCCCGCAAUGCAUGAUUUGUCACAACAAGCAGCGGUUGUCUGUGGUCUGCAAGGCUUCAACAUAGGUUGCGAUGUUCUGGCAUAUCGGAAUGGCAAAGAUAAGAUUGGAUAUCAUGCAGACGACACGCAAGGAGAACAAACGAUUUUCUGCACUGUUGCACAAUGUGAACAGAUCCGGUAUCUACAUAUCGUGCCCAAGGGACGCAAGAAGAAAGAAUGUGCCGAUGGGGAUUACGAACUGAAAAUAUACUGUUCCGCAGGAGAUUCUUAUUCAAUGGAUGGAAAAAUGCAAGAGAACUACGUCCACGCUCUGCCUCAAGCUUCUACCAAAGGGAAACCUCAAGCUCGAAGGAUAGCUUUGAUCUUUCGACAUGGAGAUAAGAUCAAGACGUCAAUUGACAACGGAUUCAGGGCCAAGACUAUGGAAGGCAAACUACCACUCACACCUGAGCAAAAAUACGCAUUUGGUCCUUAUAGAGAUUUCGUAACCGAGGGUGCCGUGUAUGAUCGCACAUACCUCUUGAAGAGCAGGGCGUUCAGUUCUAUCCAGGGUGGUGUAAGUGGUUCCAAGUCUUACGGCUGCAAUGCGAUUGUGGUGAGCCGCCAAAGCAUGGAGCUUCAUGAAUACGAUUUUCUUGAGGAGAUCAGUUAUUCAUCCAACGGGUGGCAAGGGGGUGGAAGUUUGUUCCAGAGCUUCUGUAAUCGCUACCCUGUGCGAGUCUUCAGAACGUCGUCACUGCAGAGCCAGUAUGGUGCCUUUCGAAACCAGAAAGUGAAAAAGCAAUGGUACCGCUAUGAUGGCAUGUAUGAAGUCUAUGACUGCCAGCGCAUCAACGAGUCAGGGGAAAGUGAAACCCCAAGAGAGGCUCCCAUGGGCGAUUUGCUGUACACCUUUUUUUUGAGACGCCUGCCAUCGAACGGGUUCAACCUGCCACCAGAUCAUUGCAAUCAACUUUCCUUGGAAGACUUGAAGCAUGUGAUUGAGAAGGGCGAGGAACUUGGUGAAACGAAGGAUUUGAGUGUCCUAUCCGGUACCAACGUGCCAGUUUACAAACCAUACGUACUCAGUCAUCAGAGCCCUUUGCCCGUGUCUCCUAGAUCCAACUCGGCUGAUGCCUCAUUGCGGAACAUUGUCACGCCAGAGCCAGCAUUGGUCAGCGUUCUGAAUAUAGUCCUCAAGAGGGCAGCAGAUGCGAUCAAGCAGCGGGUUGCAAUGGAUGCUUCAGUAGAGACACCAAAUGAAAACACAAAAGCAGGACCGCCAGUUCAUUACGCAGCGACGCCGAACAGGGAAGCACAUUUUCCGAAUGUCACGGCUGAUAACGCAGCAAAAGCCGCUGAAGAAAGCACACGGAGACAACCGUCCGUGCCACUGCAAGCUGAAACCAGCCUGAGGAAUUCUGCAAGAUCAGAUCCGCCACAAGUGGAUGAUACUCCGAUAGCAGCACCGACAGGUAAUCCAUUUGGACACAGGUUGCCAUCGCCACCACCGGUGUAUGAAACAGCCAGUGCAGGAACACUAGCGAGCUAUUCUCCAGCCAACCCAUAUGGACAUAAUUUGCCGCCGCCAAUGUCUUAUGGAACGACGCAGUGGAGAGCAGAUAGUCAGAUCCCACCCAACCCUGAUGUUAUGACACCACCAAUGCAUUAUGGAACGACGCGGUGGAGUGCAGAUAGUAGUCACCUCCCACCAAACCCUGAUGCCAUGACACCACCGAUGCAUUAUGGUACGACGAGGUGCAGUGCAGAUAGUCAGCAGAUCUCACCAAACCCUGAUGACAUACCACCACCAAUGUAUUAUGGAACACCCCUGAGGAGCCCAGCGGAAGCACCAGCUGGAGGAUCGAACCCUGGAGCCAGCCCUUCCUAUGGACCUCCGACCACGACAAAACGGUGGGAUUCUGAAACAGAUCGGUAUGGAGCACAUUGUUUUGAUCCUGGUCAUCAGUCGGCGGAUCCGCGCUUUGAAACAGGUGCGGAUCCUCUUUGGGAACGGUGUUGGUGGCAGUCGUUCCGCUAG